UCCCCGCCAGCGGCGCGCCAUGGAGCAUUACCGGAACGCCACCGAGGUUCAGAUGAGUCAGAUGGUGCAGCCCUGCCACACCAACCACCGCGGAGAGCUCAGCAUUGGGCAGCUCCUGAAAUGGAUCGACACGGCCGCCUGCCUUUCCGCCGAGAGGCAUGCUGGCUGCCCCUGCGUCACGGCUUCGGUGGAUGAUAUCUAUUUUGAGCACACAAUUAGUGUCGGGCAGGUUGUCAACAUCAAAGCAAAAGUGAACCGAGCAUUUAACUCCAGCAUGGAGGUUGGUGUUCAGGUCAGCUAUGAAGAUCUGUGCAAUGGGGAGCAAUGGAAUGUGUGCAAGGCAUACGCAACGUUUGUGGCACAAGGCAAACCAGCUGCCAAGACCAAGUUAAAGCCCCUGGUUCCUCAGACUGAAGACGAGAAGAUUGAGUACAGCAUUGCUGCUGAACGCCGCCGCAUGCGACUGGCCCACACAGACACCAUGAAAGACCUUGUCACUAAGAGCCCUGUGCAAUCUGACCUUGAGAGCAGAGAGUGCACUACAGUGGUACCCGCAGAAAAGACCCGAGUGGAAAGCGUGGAGCUGAUCCUGCCCCCACACGCCAACCAUCAGGGGAACACGUUUGGAGGACAGAUCAUGGCCUGGAUGGAAAAUGUGGCCACAAUAGCAGCAAGCCGGUUGUGCCAUGCUCACCCCACCCUGAAGACAAUUGAAAUGUUCCACUUCAGAGGACCAUCUCAAGUUGGGGACCGCCUCCUGUUUAAGGCCAUUGUCAACAAUGCAUUCAAAUACAGCAUGGAGGUUGGAGUGUGUGUAGAGGCCUAUAGACAUGAGAUGGAAGUCAGUCGAAGACACAUCAACAGCGCCUUCAUGACCUUUGUGGUCCUGGAUGAAGAGGGUCAGCUGCGCACACUUCCAGUGCUGAAACCAGAACCAGAGGAUGGACAAAGGCGAUUUAAGGAAGCCAGUGCUAGGCAAAAAAUUAGACUGGACAGAAAAUAUGUCAUUUCCUGUAAACAUACAGAAGUGCCUUUGUCUGUGCCUUGGGACCAAAGUAACAAGGUUUAUCUGAGUUACAACAAUGUUACUGCACUGAAGACAUUAGUAGCAAAAGCCAACUGGGUGCUUGCAUCCGAAAGAGACAAGGUCAAGAUGUACACGCUGGAGGAGGACAAGUUCCUCUCCAUCCGGAUAGAGAUGACCAUCUGCAUUGAUGCGAUGCAGGCCUUCCUGCUGCUCUCAGACCUGCGACGCAGGCAUGAGUGGGACAAGCAUUAUGCGAGUUCUGAGCUUGUCCAGCAGGUUGACAAAGAUGAUAUGAUCUAUCAUGUAAUUAGUCGAACGAUGAGUGAGGAAAAGAAGCCUCAAGACUUUGUCAUCCUGGUGUCACGAAGAAAACCUUGCAGCAAAGGCGAUCCAUAUGUUGUAGCAUUCAGAUCAGUUACGUUGCCAACACAUCCAGCAAAGCCAGAAUAUACUCGAGGGGAGACUUUAUGUUCUGGCUUCUGUAUUUGGCAGGAAACAGAAGAACUCGCCAAGGUGUCCUAUUACCACCAGGCCACUUCAGGUGUAUUGGCCUACAUCACAACCAACAUUGCUGGCCUGUCCUUGAGCUUCCAUUCCACCUUUCAAGACUGUGAGCAGUUCCUCCAGAAGCACAAAGAUAACCUUGCUGUCGGACUGCAGAAUCUAUAGUUGGACUGUUAUUUUUGCACAAUAUUUUAUUUUGGUCUCGUGACAAAAAUAGAAUUGAAUUAUGAAGACCAUUGUAAAUGUUGAAGUGACCUCUAUAUAUUGGAGAAAGGAAGAGGAAAGGAACAAUCCUGUUCAAAUGCAUAAAUUAUGUAGCCCGAGCUUCUGGAAAGAGCCAUUUUUAUUGGCUUGCAAUCAGAAUACGAAUUUCUAUCCAGGGCAAUUGAACCAUCAAAACUAUACUGAUCACGGUGUGUGCACUUAUUCAUAUGAAGAUUCUUCCUGGAUUUUGCAAGUCCUUAAUCGCCUCUGAGUUGGCUUCUAUUGAAGUCUUGUAUUUAUUUGAUUGACAGGAAAAUCUGAUGUAAAGGAAAACAUGAGGAUUGGACUUUUUUUUUAAAGUCAUUUAUCAACUUUCUUGCCUUGUCCAACACAAUAGGUUAGAGCAGGGAGUAAACAUUUGUAUUAAAAAUCAGCAUAGCUUGCAAGCAGUACAGAAAAUAAUGACUUUUUUAUAUAGAAGUGGUGGAAGUAAAACUUAUUUUAAAGUGCCUUUUUCCCCAAGGGAAUUAAGAUUCACAAUAAUUCAAAACGAAAAUUCAUAGGAAAUAUUGUUCUUUAUUGUAAGGAUCUACAGAAUAAUAUUGGAAUUGGUGGAGGGUACUUUCAGCAUUAAGUAACCACUUUAUUUCAGGACACACUACACAAGUGCAACAAAGUAUUAAAUCACGUCACAUGUGUGAUGAAAUUUUAAACAUUCUUUAUGAAUGUGUCUUCCUUAGUCUUCCCUGAAUGUUGGAUAGUUGUCUGUUCUUUCUUUUUUUUUAUCAGGCAGAGCCUGAGGGAGAUUAGGUUAUUUUGUCACAGAGCAGUUAUUUCUCUCAUGUAAAGAUCUUUCAGACUUGACCUUCUUGUAGUUUGGCAGAAAUAUUCUUCUCUUCUUUGAUCACUAAGCACCUGAUCUUCCGUUUUGCCUUGUCUCCUAUGCUUUGGCACAAAUCUUAUCGGUCCUGGCUUCCAGUAUCUUUUAUUGCUUCUCAGAGCUGUGGGUGUUUAUUGAAAUGAAUGGCAA